UGCUCACUGACACUAAACUUUUAUUUGGGGUCAUUUCCAAUGAUAUGUCGAAUAAGAGCUUGGAUCAGGCUAGAUUUAAUUUAGCUACACAUGUUAUGUCAAAUGGAGUAGAACUAAUCAUUGCAAGCGACAAAAUCAAGCAUAUUGAUAAACAAGCGCCAUCAACUCGCAGCCCGUCGAUUAGUCUGUCAUCGAGGCAUGCUCAACAGAAACCUGUCACUUUUGCACCCAGUACACUUAAGAAUCAUAUGAUCUUGGCACUGCCUACUAUAAGACAGGAGAAAUUCUCAAUUCCAAUUGAAGAGAAUCAAUUCAUUACAAAGACCUGUCUAACCACCUAUACAUAUCAUACAACAUACCUAAAUAAGGGAAGCACCACAGUGGAGAGUAGAGAGAAGGUUGUAUCAAAUCGCCAAACGGAGGAACGAAAAUUUUUACGUACAACCAGCCAAUCGUCCCUAGGCGUAACUCUCUCAAAUACGCCCGAACUAGUGGUGGGAAUAUUUCCAACCACAUACCACUACUAUAAUUCGAUUAAAAACAACGACUUUGUUAUCAGAUCGAGCUACACGAUAAUUAACACAAUAACUGGGCCAGACGAUUACAUUUCGUUCUUGCAGCCCUCAGAAGAUGCAACUCCUCUAUUAGAUACCAAUACAUACUACAGUCCACUGAAUGUAAUGAGAACGCAGCAAGAAGGAUUGGAGUCCACGAAAGUUUUAACCGAUGAAAAUAUUUUGACGCAAGUCGUCAUCACGGAAUCCAUUCCACCACGAGGUGCAUCAAAGGUCAAAUAUCAAGCACCUCUUAAAGCAGCUAGCCAAACCGAUCAAGAUGUUCAAAUCUAUGCAACAAAAACAUAUUUGACAACAGUCACAUAUCAUCUGGCUACAGCUUUAGCCUUACAUUCGGAAGCAUUGUCAUCAAUAUCCAAAAACGAAAAAGCAAAUCAAAUGAAUCUACAAACAAAGGUGAUUGUG